ACUUGUGAGUUUGACGGCAAGUACACUAUGAGAGAAUGAUUCAUGCUUCAGAGUGACACAGAGUAACACGAUAGUGAAGCAAAGAAGUUUUGUGGCAGUACUGGAACUUAAUGUUUGUUUAAGGUAAUGACAAUUUGGAACCUAGAAUGAGACAAUGAAAACGUGGAAAGUGAUUGUCGCUCUUUUAGCUCUAUGGCUGCUUAUAAUGAUAUACAUGUCCAACACUGUCUUCCAACCUUCUGAAGGAAAUGAAGUCUUAGAAAGAGAACUCAAACGGACCCUCAGAGAACUAGACAAGCUUAAAGCUCAGAAUGAAGAGUUCCAGAAGCUGGCCAAAGAUAUCAGAAAAUUGUCCCAGGGUACUCGCUUGUCUCCUGGGGGGAGAGGCGGAGAGUCCGAGAGUGAGAAAGUGAGGGACCUCCAGGAAAAACUGGACAAGAUGUCUGAGCAGCUACAGAACCAGGAGAGAGGGGGGCAGGGCCAGGAAUCCCAGGGCCAAGCCAGGGCCACCGGGUCAGGCGAGCCCUCCAAGGAUCAUGAAGUAGCGCGGAGGCAGGUGGAGAACACGGCCACAGAGUACUGGUACUAUGUCCGGCACCAGUUAUUGAACCUGAAGAACGAAGCUAGUGGAAACACGCAACUCGUCAGCCACAUCGAUAAAAUGCUUGGAAAUUGCCAAGGUUACCAAAGAACAUUGAAUUCAGAUUUCUUGAAACUGAAAUCUGUGGAUGGAAUGGAUGAGUGGAGGAAGAAAGAGUCCCAAGAAUUAACCAACUUAGUACAGAGGAGGUUUCACUAUCUACAGAACCCCAAGGAUUGCAGUAACGCCAAGAAGAUAGUCUGCAAUCUGAGCAAGGGCUGUGGUUACGGCUGCCAGCUACACCACGUGGUGUACUGUAUGAUGGUCAGCUAUGCUAACAGCCGCACCCUGAUCCUGGAAUCCAAGGGGUGGCGCUACGCUGCGGCUGGGUGGGAGUCUGUGUUUCAGCCCAUCAGUAACACCUGCACAACCAAAACUGGAACUAGCUCAGUCUUUUGGAAAGAUCCUAAAACUAUAGAAGACGUCCAAGUUAUUGAAAUGCCAAUCAUAGAUAGCCUCCACCCCCGUCCAGAUUACCUCCCCUUAUCAUUUCCCAAAGAUUUAUCUGACCGCUUGCUUCGUCUCCAUGGCGAUCCGACAGUCUGGUGGAUUGGACAGUUCAUCAAAUAUCUGACCAGGCCUCAGGAUCAUCUGAAGCAGGAGUUAGAGAGAGCCAAGCAGAAGCUUGGAUUCACCGGACCAAUAGUAGGAGUUCACAUCCGACGCACGGACAAGCUUGCUGCGGAAGCUUCCUUCCAUUCAGUGGCAGAAUACAUGACUUAUGUAGAGGACUACUUCAGUGCAUUAGAACUGAGAAAUCCUGGGGUUCAGCGCAGGGUAUUCCUUGCCUCUGAUGACCCUACAGCUCUACCAGAGGCUAAAAAGAAUUACCCUGACUACACAUUCAUCAGUGAUCCUUCGGCAACCUUAUCAGCUGGACUGAACAGGCGUUACUCUGACGAAUCACUAAGGGGGGUUAUUCUAGACAUUCACUUCCUGUCCCUCUGUGAUCAUUUAGUGUGCACAUUUUCAUCUCAGGUGUGUCGCGUGGCUUACGAGAUCAUGCAGACCAUGCAUGGUGACGCCUCCCACAACUUUAAGUCGCUUGAUGACAUUUAUUACUUUGGUGGACAGAACGGCCACAGUGUGGAGGCAGUGGAAAAACAUGUAAAACAGAACGAAAAAGAAAUAGACUUGGAGCCUGGCGACUUGGUGGGCAUUGCCGGAAAUCACUGGGAUGGUUAUUCUAAAGGCAUGAACCACCGCACAGGGAAAACAGGGCUAUUCCCCUCAUAUAAAACUAGAGAAAAAUACACCAUAGUGGAUUUACCAACAUAUCCAGAAGUUUCAGAAGGCGGAUGAUUGCAAUGAAGUUGUAGGAAUUUUUUUUUUUUAAUUUAUCUUUUUUUUUUCUUUUUUUUUUAAUGAAUGACUUGAUUAUAUAAUGAUUGUUAAUAAGAGUUUAUUUUUUGAUGGAUGUUGAAGAAACAAUUGUGAUUGUGAAGUUUUCGUUUUUGUAUACUUGUGUGAAAAGGUGACCCACUGAAGGAGAAAAAGAAAUUUCAUGUUAUUUGAAAGUGAAAUGAUAUAGUUUAUUUGUGUGCACAUGCAUAUUCAUUGCUGUUAAGAAAAUUUUUGUUGAUGAUCUCUACAUGUUUUGUUGUUGACUUUCUUUGAGAGUAUACAUGGAGUAAAGAUCAUACAAUUAAUUUUUUUUAAAGCUAUAUACCGGUAUUACUUGGAAACUACUGGUACUAUUAAGAAAGAAAUCUAUGUGGUUAUUUUUAUGAUCUAUCUUUUCUAAAAAUUAAAAAAGUAAAAUACAACCCUGGUAAGUAAAUAUCUCCCUUCCUUUACAUCUUUCUGUCUGUGUUACAGGGAGUACAGAUUUUAGAUCAUAAUAUUUCAUGUCCAUACUGUUUUAAAUUUUGUGUUCAAGAAUUAAGCAGCAUCUCUUAAUAAAAUUUCACUCCUCCCCCCUGGAAAGAGGAGAGUGGGAUCUGAGGUUUUUUUAACAGGUGUUACUGGGGUUUUUGAUCCUUCGAGUACAUUCCAUUGUGGUAACCUUACUCUUUUUUGUCUGUUGAAUGGACUUGGGAGGUAAAAGGUUUCAAGCUUUGGUUUAAAAGAGAAACAUUAAUCACAGCCAGAUAGCUUUUUGUUGUCAACAACAAUUACCUCCCAUUUCAUAGAAAUUAAAAAUAUGUUUAAAAGUUGAUAUUUUUUUUAAUAUGGCAUAGAUAUCAAAGAUUUUUUUGGUUCGCUUUCAGAAACAGAUUGUUUAAAUUUCAUCAUAAAUAUGAUUUCAAAUGAAACUUUCUUCUUUUUUUUUAAUGUGAAUGUUUACUUUAUGUUUAUUUUGAUGUUAAUGUAUACUUUAAUGAACCAAAGUCAAAAAUGAAAUGUAUCUGCUAUCUGUUUAACCGGUUAGUUUUUAGAAAACUGCAUCAAUGGUGAAAUGAAUGUGUAUUUGUUCAUGUUGUAUUGUCUUUUUUUGGUCAUUCUUUCUUAUAAGAUGUGAUGACUAGAAUUAAAGAAAAUACAGUAAGAAAUCCAUAUCGAUCUUCUUUAACUCCUCUUUUUGUUAACAAUUUGAUUGUACAUGUACAUUGUUGGUGCUUUUAAUGGUAGAUUUGAUGCAGUCUUAUGGUCUUACAAAUCCAUCAUUAACAUUUUUGUUGUGAAAUAUAUAACAUGCAAAGUAAUACGAACAUGUCAUCUUUUCUAACAGAAUUUUCUGCGCUAUGUUACCUUAGAUUCUUUAUUUUACGUGAGAACUUAAUUCUGAAAUUCCACUGUUGUGUGUCAGACCACAAGAAUAUAAAGUUAUGAGCACCAAACUUUUAUUAUCAUUUCAUAUAUAGUUCUCAAUCAGAAGAAAAUUACGAUUAAAAGCAAAGUUUUAAAUUCUGUUAAGGGGGUUCUCCUCGUGAUUGGACACAAAUGUGAAUUCCUCUCGUUUCAUUAGGAAUCUACAAUAACCCUGUUAUUUGCAUUAGCUGAAGUACAUUAUCAAUAGAGGUAUUCAAGUUUAAACUUGGCCUAUCAGAUGCUCUUGUAGCCUGUACAGUCAGUGUUUCUUCUAAGGAAUAGAUACACAAUGGAAAGGCUUAACUGCACAUACAAUAUGUUAAAUUUAUAUACAAGAUUCUGCCAUUAUUUGAUGAAUAAAUUUUGGUUCAUCCUAUAUAUUCUGUGUUUAUCAUAGUAAGGAGGAAUUUGUGAAUUUGUGUAGACAUUAGUACAUGUAGUGAUUUUAUGAAAUGUUUCAUGUAAUACACAUUUCUUGAUUUUUUUAACAAAAAAAUUUGGUUUGAAGUCUUUAGUUUCAGUUAAUUGUAUUUAUGUACAAGUUUUCUUUUAGAUAGAAUUGAGUUGUUAUUUUAGAUAGAUUUAUUUUUAAUUGAUGUAAUAAUUUUUGUAGAUGAUACAUUGAUGACAAACCGGUAAUGUGUAACCCAAUGAUUAUUCAGCUUGUGACCUACAGCCCCAUCCCCCGCCCCCACCCCCAAACCACUUAACUUUAAAUUCACAAAUUGAGUUGUAUUGAUUUUCAAGUCAUUAAUUUCAGUUUGUUAAUCAAAUAAAAGUUUUGAUCAGGGACUCUCAUGAACAUAUUAUAGUUGCUCAUGAGCAUCCUUAAAUGCAUACAUGACAUGACAAUACCCUAUUGACAGAAUAAUUAGAACAGUGAGUGACUUUGCGCCUUAAGCAUUUUAAUCUGUUGUGCAUUAUUUACGCUAUUGCUAUAUUCUCCUUUUCCUCUAAAUUUUAAAAAAAAAGGGGGAAGAAACAAAUUAUCCUAGCUGUCACCCAUUUCAUUGGUCCCUCAACCUGUAAGAAAAUGUAAAGAAAUCCGGGCAAUGAAUAAAUUUUCAUUGUAUUUUAAGUAAAUGAGUAAUUAAUGAUUUCAUUGAUAUAAAAUGAGUGAUUUUCACACUCUGAACAUUGUUUGCAUUUUACCUUUUCAUAUGGGUAUAUGACUGUUGUUGAUGUAAUUACAAGUGUUUGGAGGAUGAAUUGCUUUCAUCAUACCAACAUAAUACAUGCAUAUAUGAUUAGAAUGUUAUGAAAUCUUAUCAUUUCUGUGAUGUUUUAUUAAUAUUUAAUUUCUAAAAGAAAGACAGGGACAUUGCUUGUUAUGUGUUUCGGUUUGUCAAGAAAUACAAGUAUUUUUUUAGUUGUUCAGAAUGUGGGUUGUUCAAGUUAGUUCAAAAAUCAAGUUUUUUUUUAUAGCGUUUUCCCCCGUUAUUUAAACACAUGGUAAGAUCAUUUCUGUUAAUGUGAAACAUAUUCAGAUAACACAACACCUACAAGCAUUACUUCAUAUCUGCCAACAAGUGUGUAUUUGUGUAAAAAUAUAAUUAAAGGAGUGUUUCUCCAGUAUCAUACUUGUAAGUUUUUCAUGCUUUAAUAUUACAUCUUCUGAAAAAAAAUCUUUAUUUUCAGUGCCAUAUUUUUAUUAAAUAAAUCUGAUAUUUUUUAAAAUUUGGAUCCUUUUUUUCCUUCGCUCAAGUAAUUUUGAAACUUGCAUGUAAGAUGCUCUAUUAGAUAUUACAUUAAGUUAGCUUUACUAUAUACAUGUACUAAAUUUCAGACCAAAAAUGUACAUGAUAUCUCUUUCUAAGAUUUCACAAUACUAAAUGUUUUCAUAACUGAUGGGGGACCUAUCUGCAAGGAAUAGUAAUCUCCCUUACAUUGAUGUAAUGAUAUCUAUAGGGCUCCCCAAAAUUAAUCUCCAAUAUAUAUUACACCAAAAGUAAAGAUUACCGGGCAAGUACAACAUUAUAAAUUUUAUCACAAGAUUUGGCAAAGGUAAAAAAAAAUAGAUUUUUUUUAUUUUGUUAGAAUAAUUUAUAACUUUUCUUUCAAUGUUUCAUUUCAACCUUCUCUGUUGUUGAUAGGGCGAGUUAUUUAUUUUUAAAAUUUUGAAAAUAGGGUGAUCCGUUUAAAUUCAAAUUCAGCCGAAAUACAUGUUAACUCUCCUACAUCUCAUGAGGAGACAGUAAUUUUUCAAAAUAACAUUAACACUAUAGAGAUGUUUUUUCAAUCCAGUCUUUAAUUAAUAUUAUUUGAUUGUGAGUGGAUAUAAAUUAGUUUAUUAGAAUGAAUAUGCUCUUGUUGUUAAUUAAUGAUGUGUUUGGAGGAAUCUUGUGUGGCAUUUUUAGCAAAUGUUUCUUAAAGAAACGAAGGCUGUAAGAUUAUCAUAUCUCUCAUCGCACAUCAAUAAUAAAUUAUUAUAUAUGUU